AUGCCGGGAAGUGCUUUGCCGGGGGAAGGCCCUUUGCUGGGGGAAAAACCCAGCUCCGCUUCAAGCCCCGAGCCCAGCACGGUCACCCCAGCCAGGAAGCCGGAGUCGGGUGAACACGCGCUGUCCAAAGAGAAGCACCCGCCUGGGGAAAGGCCAGCGGCUUCCGUGACACCUGCAACAGGGGAGAAACCAGUGUCUGGGGUGAAGCCCACAGCGGUUGAGAAGCCGGAGGCUGGGGGGAAGCCGGAGGCUGGGGGGGAGCCAGCAUCCAAGGAGAAGCCGGAGGCUGGGGGGAAGCCGGAGGCUGGGGGGAAGCCGGCAUCCAAGGAGAAGCCGGAGGCUGGGGGGAAGCCGGAGGCUGGGGGGAAGCCAGCAUCCAAGGAGAAGCCGGAGGCUGGGGGGAAGCCGGAGGCUGGGGGGAAGCCAGCAUCCAAGGAGAAGCCGGAGGCUGGGGGGAAGCCGGAGGCUGGGGGGAAGCCAGCAUCCAAGGAGAAGCCGGAGGCUGGGGGGAAGCCGGAGGCUGGGGGGAAGCCAGCAUCCAAGGAGAAGCCGGAGGCUGGGGGGAAGCCGGAGGCUGGGGAGAAGCCAGCAUCCGAGGGGAAGCCGGAGGCUGGGGAGAAGCCCCAGUCGGGAGAGAAGACAGAGUCUGACCAGGGUGACAGUGGAAAGGACGACGAUGCUGAUGACGACGAUGCUGAUGAUGACGAUGAUGAUGACGACGACGACGAUGAUGAGAAAAACGAACACAACACCUAUGACUAUGAUGAUAACGGCAGCUACCUCUACGGGUAUGAUGAUGGUGGCGGUGAAGAUGAUGGUGGUGACGACAACGCUGAUGGUGGUGAUGGUGGUGAUGAGGACGGUGAUGGUGGCAAUGGUGGUGACGACAGUGGCAGUGAUGGUGACGAUGUCUGGUGACCAAUGGCCGUGGGCUGCGCAAGGCGCGCGUGGGGCGAGGAAAGCCCGCGGCAGGCGGGCACGGGGGGCAGGCUGGUGGUGUGGGACAGCUGCCCUCGGCCUCCGCCCUCGGCCUCGCUCUGCCGGGGCUGGUCCCAGGCACCAAGGUGAUUUUGGGCAGGACCUUCUCUCCUUCCUAAUAAAUCCCCCGUUGGGCCAUUCA